AUCUGGUGAAUGAGUUGAAUUCUGCCACAGGCAAAAAGGGAAAGGGAAAGUUUACUAGAGACAAAGUAGAAUGUUUGCUGAGGGAAAUCAUUCUUCAAUAUACAUACCCAAGAUUUAAUGAGGCAGUAUCAAUAAACAUUAAUCAUUUAUUGAAAACUCCAUUUUGGAGGGUGUGUGUUCCAAUUCCACCAGAAACUUGUGAUGACUUCAAUCCAUUAAAUGUCCCAACAAUCAAAUCACUUGUAAAAGAGCUGGAUAGAUUUGGUAAGGAAAAUUUUAUGAUUGUAG